GUUUUUUUUUUUUAGUGUUAGUUUGUUGUGAAAACAUUUACAGCAAAUGCAGAGCUCUCAUCUCUGCCUAAAAUUUCCCUCCACUUGCAUUGCUGGCCUAAGUGGAUACUCCCCAGCUGGCCACGUCCAUCAUUACAGUCAGGUCUAAGGAUUCCUGAUUAUACUUAGAGCCUGCGGCGCUGCAGACACAAACAGUCGUUAGCGGACGGCGGCCCUAUUUGUAACAAACUGUGCUUUAAAAUGUAAACCACGGAGCGUUUUCCUCACGUUGUCCAGAAGAGGUCUUCAUCCUGAGCCUGGAUCAAUCAUGAGAGAGCGCAUCCACAUUCCACUGUUACAGAUUCUCACCCUGGUUGCCUUCAGCGGGACUGAGAAACUUCCAAAAGCUCCUGUCAUCACCACGCCUCUUGAAACUGUAGAUGCCUUAGUGGAAGAAGUAGCAACAUUCAUGUGUGCCGUGGAAUCCUACCCCCAGCCUGAGAUUUCUUGGACCAGGAAUAAAAUUCUCAUUAAGCUGUUUGACACCCGCUACAGCAUCCGGGAGAAUGGGCAGCUCCUCACCAUCCUGAGCGUGGAAGACAGUGAUGAUGGCAUCUAUUGCUGCAUAGCCAACAAUGGAGUGGGAGGAGCCGUGGAGAGCUGUGGCGCCCUGCAAGUGAAGAUGAAACCCAAAAUAACACGUCCUCCUAUUAAUGUAAAAAUAAUAGAGGGCUUGAAAGCAGUUCUGCCAUGCACUACAAUGGGCAACCCCAAGCCAUCUGUGUCCUGGAUCAAGGGGGACAAUGCUCUCCGAGAAAACUCCCGAAUUGCAGUUCUUGAAUCUGGGAGUCUAAGGAUCCAUAAUGUGCAAAAGGAAGAUGCGGGACAGUACCGGUGUGUGGCCAAGAACAGCCUGGGCACAGCUUACUCCAAACUGGUGAAGCUGGAGGUUGAGGAAGACAGUGAGCCUGAGCAGGACACUAAAGUUUUUGCAAGAAUCCUGCGGGCUCCCGAAUCCCACAAUGUCACCUUCGGUUCCUUCGUAACCCUACGCUGCACAGCGAUAGGCAUCCCUGUCCCCACCAUCAGCUGGAUUGAAAAUGGAAAUGCUGUUUCUUCAGGCUCCAUUCAAGAGAGUGUGAAAGACCGAGUGAUUGACUCAAGACUCCAGCUCUUCAUCACGAGGCCAGGACUCUACACGUGUAUAGCUACCAAUAAGCAUGGAGAGAAAUUCAGUACAGCAAAGGCUGCAGCCACUGUCAGUAUAGCAGAAUGGAGUAAAUCACAGACAGACAGCAAAGGCUACUGCGCUCAGUACAGAGGGGAGGUGUGCGACUCGGUCCUGGCGAAAGACGCCCUUGUCUUUUUCAACAUCUCCUACACCGACCCCGAGGAGGCCCAAGAGCUGUUGAUCCACAGGGCGUGGAGUGAGCUGAAGGCUGUGAGCCAGCUGUGCCGGCCAGCUGCCGAGGCUCUGCUGUGUAACCACCUCUUCCAAGAGUGCAGCCCCGGAGGAGUACCUGCUCCCAGGCCCGUUUGCAGAGAGUACUGCCUGGCGGUGAAGGAGCUUUUCUGUGCAAAGGAAUGGCUGGCAAUGGAAGGAAAGAGCCACCGAGGCCUCCACAGAUCCGGGAUGCAUCUCCUCCGGGUGCCAGACUGCAGCCAGCUUCCCAGCAUGCACCGGGACCCCAUGGCCUGCACAAGACUGCCAUAUUUAGAUUAUAAAAAAGAAAACAUAACAACAUUCCCAUCAGUGGUGUCCUCCAAGCCGAGCGUGGACAUUCCCAAUUUGCCUUCCUCCACGUCUUCCUUUGCUGUCUCGCCCGCGUACUCCAUGACUGUCAUCAUCUCCAUCAUGUCCAGCUUUGCCGUGUUUGCUCUUCUUACCAUCGCUACUCUUUAUUGCUGCCGGAGAAGGAAAGAGUGGAAAAGUAAGAAAAGAGAGUCAGCAGCGGUGACCCUCACCACAUUGCCUUCUGAGCUCCUUCUGGACAGACUCCAUCCCAACCCCAUGUACCAGAGGAUGCCUCUCCUCCUGAACCCCAAGUUGCUCAGCCUGGAGUAUCCCAGGAAUAACAUUGAGUAUGUCAGAGACAUCGGAGAGGGAGCAUUUGGAAGGGUCUUCCAAGCGAGGGCUCCAGGCUUACUUCCUUAUGAACCUUUCACUAUGGUGGCUGUGAAGAUGCUUAAGGAGGAGGCCUCGGCAGACAUGCAAGCCGACUUCCAGAGGGAGGCAGCCCUCAUGGCGGAAUUUGACAACCCCAACAUUGUGAAGCUCUUAGGUGUGUGUGCGGUAGGGAAGCCGAUGUGCCUGCUCUUUGAAUACAUGGCCUAUGGUGACCUCAAUGAGUUCCUCCGAAGCAUGGCCCCUCACACCGUGUGCAGCCUCAGCCACACUGAUCUGUCCACGAGGGCUCGGGUGUCCAGCCCUGGUCCCCCACCCCUAUCCUGCGCAGAACAGCUCUGCAUUGCCCGGCAGGUAGCAGCUGGCAUGGCCUACCUGUCGGAGCGCAAGUUUGUCCACCGGGACUUGGCUACCAGGAACUGCCUGGUGGGGGAGAACAUGGUGGUGAAGAUUGCAGACUUUGGCCUCUCUAGGAACAUCUACUCCGCAGACUACUACAAAGCUAAUGAAAAUGACGCCAUCCCUAUCCGCUGGAUGCCGCCUGAGUCCAUCUUCUACAAUCGCUACACCACGGAGUCGGAUGUGUGGGCCUACGGUGUGGUCCUCUGGGAGAUCUUCUCCUACGGGCUGCAGCCCUACUAUGGAAUGGCCCAUGAGGAGGUGAUUUAUUAUGUGAGAGAUGGCAACAUCCUCUCCUGCCCUGAGAACUGCCCCUUGGAACUGUACAACCUCAUGCGCCUGUGUUGGAGCAAGCUGCCCGCGGACAGACCCAGCUUCUGCAGUAUCCACCGGAUCCUGCAGCGCAUGUGCGAAAGAGCAGAGGGAACGGUGGGUGUCUGAGGUUGACCAAGCUCCAACAACAACACCUGCUAGGCUCUUUUCCGACUGUGAGUGGGAGGAAUCCCACAGCAGAGGCUGGGUAAGACCGUAUAAGAAAGGGUUUAACAUAGACAUCCCGAGCCAGUUGCCUGUUUGCCGGGAGAAACACACCGUGAAGAACCCACGGGUUAAAGGGUCACAUUGAAAUAUGUAGUUGGAGACCCAGGCUAGGAAAGAG